AUGAUAUACGAUCAACCUGAACACUUCGGACUUUUUGAAAAAACCUUCACUGCUAAAGAGAAAGAGGAAGUGAAACAAUUCUUGAAAUAUGAUAGACAUGUUCCUUUGAAAUUGACAGAACAAGUCUUCCAUGCUGAAGCAGAUGCAUCGAGAUUCGAAAGAUUAGGUUAAGUAGGAGGAGCAGUCUAUUCAUUCUCAUUCUUUUUCUUCCCAAUUAUCAAAGGUUUACCUAUUAAGUAGAGACUCUUUUGGGCAGCAGUCCCAGGUGGAAUUGUUGCAUGGCUAGGAUGGAGAAUCAAGGAAGAAUUAGAAUGGAAUAGAGUUUAUAAUUGCUAUUAGAAAUAUCAAGUAGCUCAUUCCAUGCACAAGAAAGUGUUCAUUUGAAAAAAUACAACAUGCACAUAAUAUAUAUAUACAAAACCAAAAUAUCUAAUUCAAUAA